AUGUACAUAAGAGCUGAAGAAGUUUUUGCAUGCAAGGAAAACUUGACAUUGCAGUUCCAGGGAAUCAAUUUGGACAAAAAAGAUUUCUUUGGGAAAUCUGAUCCAUUUUUGAUAUUCUACAGAGCUAAUGAAGACAACAGUUUUACUGCUGUCCACAAAACAGAAGUCAUUAAAAACACCUUAAAUCCCACCUGGAAACCAUUUACGCUUUUGGCACGAGUCCUCUGUAAUGGUGAUUAUGACAGGGCUAUCAAAGUUGAAUGCUAUGAUUGGGAUCGAGAUGGCGGGCAUGACUUUAUUGGUGAGUUCACUACAAAUGUUCGGACAUUGCUCAAAGGGUCUGGAAGUGAAAACAGAUAUGAGGCAAUCAAUCCUAAGAAGAAAGCCAAAAAGAAGAAUUACAGAAACUCUGGUGAGAUUAUACUGAUGUCCAUUAAGACUGAAACAAUUCAUUCUUUCUUAGACUACAUUAAAUCGGGACGAACACAAUUAAACUUUACUGUUGCUAUUGACUUCACUGCCUCAAAUGGCAACCCAACCAGCCCAACAUCUCUUCAUUACUACAAUCCUUACCAGAUGAAUCAAUAUGCUGCUGCCAUCCAUGCUGUUGGAGAAAUCAUUCAAGAUUAUGAUAGUGAUAAAAUGUUUCCAACUCUUGGAUUUGGAGCACGAUUACCAGAUGGUACUGUUUCUCAUGAAUUUGCACUGAACUGUAAUGCAGCCAAUCCCUACUGUAAUGGCAUCCAAGGUAUUCUGCAGGCCUACUAUGACUCACUGCAACGGGUGCAACUGUACGGACCGACAAACUUCUCCCCUGUCAUCAACCACGUGGCUAAAUUUGCUUCCAACGUUCAAGAUGGCUCCCACUACUUUGUAUUAUUGAUUAUCACAGAUGGUGUCAUAACAGACAUGAACCAAACGAUCCGUUCUAUUGUCCAGGCAUCAUAUUUACCAAUGUCAAUCAUUAUUGUCGGUGUUGGUAGUGCAGAUUUUGAGGCCAUGAAUAUCCUGGAUUCCGAUGAUGGAUUACUCCGUUCUGGACAGCAAGUAGCCCAGAGAGAUAUUGUUCAAUUUGUUCCAUUUCGGGAGUUCAUUGGUGGCCAGUACAGUAACAACAUGCAAGUCAGUCAGGCAUACUUGGCUAAAGAAGUUCUUGCAGAAAUCCCAGAACAAUUCCUAUCUUACAUGAAGACACAUAGGAUUGAACCCAAACCUCUGUCAGAAAAUUAA